AUGUCGAGCAUGUCGAGCAUUCCGCACGAGGAGCUCCCCAUCCUCGAGGCGCUCAUCAACAUCCGCAAUCGACUCACUGCGUUAAAAAAGGACAGCUCCGAGUUCAUCAGAUCCCACGAUGUCCAGCAACUCUACCAACAGGUGAUCAAGCAGGUCACCAAGCUUAACGCUGUCCGAGACGAGCAGCAGGCCCACGCACAGGCAACAGCCGCUGCCAGCUCCGCCUCGGAUCAUCCCGAGCACGCUGAUCAAUCCGGUGCCAACGGCGCCGACGACUCACCCGUCCUUCAGCACAACCGUGUCGACACGACGCUCAACGACGUCUUUUCCCUUCUCAGCCUGUUCUUCUUGACGAUCGGGCGCAGCCGCGAGUCGCCUGCCACCUUUUCUCAGCUCAGCUGCAUGAAGCAGCUGCUGGACCACCUGCAGGAGUCGGGCAUCUACACCGAGGCCGACCUGCAACCAUUUGGAUCGCGUCUGUCCGAGCUGCGCGAGAUCAUCCGCAAAGACGGUGAAGGCAGCCGACAUCCACCGCAGCUCACCAAGCUCAUGACACGCAAACUCGAGGCGUGCGAGAAGAUGGUUCGCAAGCUCGAAGGCACGCUCAAAGUGCUUUCCGUCGAGCUGGUGCCCAUCCAUCAGAGGAUCAUCUCCAUCCGUCGUCAACUCGCAGCAGCAGCAGCCAAGCCAAAGCCAGCACGAGCAGAGAUCAAGCAGCUGCAGGAGGAACUUCGAAAGAUCGACGCAAAGCGUGUUGACGGCAAAUUCUUGGGUCCAGGAGGCAGCUCGGUCCCUGCAGGCCAAGCCAUUCUCGUGGGUCUCUUGGAAGAAUGUUUCGAGAUCUGCCACGACAUGACGGUGCGCAACGACGAAGUGCCCAUGACGCUGCAGCCCAUCUAUGACCGACUCGUCGAGAUCAAGUCGCAGCUCGAGCAUCUCGUCUUGACACAUCGAUGGACGCUGCGAGAGACCGACCUUUGGAAUUACCAGGUGACGCUCAAGGAGAUCGACCGACUUCGCGUCAAUGGCAAGUUUGUCGAUUCGGAGGGCAAACAGCCCGAGGGUCAGCUCGUGCUUCUGUACCUGCUGCGACGAUGUUACGGUCUCAUCUAUCGCCUCGUCGCCUCUUCCGAGCCCAUCUCGGAGGAGCUCAUGCCCAUCAGCAACAAGCUUUCCACCGUGUCCAAGUGUCUCAAGGAGGUCUCCAAGUACGGCGGUCCCUUCACCAUGCGAGAUCUGUAUCCGUACCGACUUGCGCUGCACCAGAUCGACGGGAUGCGAAGCAAGGUGCUCGACAAGGACGGCAACGACACGGGCGUGCGAAAGUGGCUCGGACGCGACGGCAGCGUUCCCGAAGGUCAGGCCAUCCUGCGUGCGCAGUACGAAGAGGUGGAGCAGACCAUCGAAGAGAUGCUCAACCGCGAAGACGAUGAUGACGAUGACGAGGAGGAAGACAUUUGGGACGGCGACACAGCAUCAAGCGCCAGCGUAUCUGGGACCGAAUCCGCCGCCUCCGACAGCGAAGACGACGCCGAGGGCCCCUCGGCUGAUUUGGUUCGACAGGCGUUGAUGGAAAGAGGAGGACCCAUGAUCGGCAUGGUCUCACCCGACCAACCCGCCACGCAACCCAAUUCGACAGCAGCAUCGCGGCAUGCCAGCUCGGCAUCGAGCGCAGUAGGUCGAGAAAGCGGGUUCGGCAGCGGCUUUUCAUCGAUGACACCCCUCUCGUCUGCCGCUGCUGCAACCGCUGCCGCGCCAACAACCGGCCAUGGCAGUAUCGCUAGCUCGAGCGCCGCCACCUUGAAAGCAGUUCCUGCCGGCGAUGCAAAUGCCCCGACGACCGUGACGCAGGCUCCAUCCGCAGCUGCCAUUCCCGUUCCAUCAGCGAUCUCUCCCUCGACGGUACCACAGUCGGAUGUGGACUCAGCAGCCGUUUCAGCAUCCUCAUCGACGCCAUCGGCAAUGGCAAGCCCAUUGCCUGCUGCUGUCGCGUCUCCGACUGCAUCUCAGAUCCGCUCGCAAAAGAUCGGUCGCGAUUUUCGAGACGGGGUCGGCGAUCUGACCGGUCUCAGCUCGCGAUCGCCGCCCGUCAACGCGGUGGAUGGCCGAACGGCUUCGCUCGGCGCGCUCGUCCAAGCCUCUUCCACACCACCUAUGUCAACGUCCGCGAGUGCAUCGUCUGCACAAGCGCAGACGCAGGCAACGACAGAGUCGACAUCCGACGCAGUCGAUCUUCUGCCGGCAGGAGCUGCUCCGCUUGCCAUCCCUACGCCGACGAUCCUGGAAGAGCAGAAGAGAUCCGGGCCUGGACUGGGCUCGCAGAUUGAUGCCUUGACCCACGGAUUCCAAGGGACUUCGAUCAAUGAUGUAUUGUCUAGCUCUAUCGACACUGUCGGUACUGCGUCAGGGAAGAGCACCACGUGA